AUGAGCAUGUCUCUCCCACCCGUAGAGCGUGCAUACGUUAGAGAGGACUGCGUUCGUGAAUGGAAGAAUGGAACCUCUAAUUUCAAGCUCGCAGACCCCGUUCCCAUGCUUCGAUUCCUCUACGAGCUCUGCUCCACCAUGGUUUCUGGGGAAUUGCCAUUGCAGAAGUGUAAAGCAGCGUUGGAUUCAGUUGAGUUCUCCGAUAAGGUUUCGGACGAAGAGUUGGCUUCCAGUUUUGCGGAUAUUGUCACCCAAUUGUCUCAAGAUAUUAGAAUGCCUGGAGAGCAUCGUGCUCGUCUUAUAAAAUUGGCUAAAUGGUUGGUGGAAUCUUCCUUAGUUCCAUUGAGACUUUUCCAGGAACGCUGUGAGGAAGAAUUUUUGUGGGAGGCUGAAAUGAUCAAGAUAAAGGCUCAGGAAUUGAAGAGUAAAGAGGUCAGAGUAAACACCCGUCUUCUAUAUCAGCAAACAAAGUUUAACCUUCUACGAGAAGAGAGCGAGGGCUAUGCCAAGCUAGUUGGAGGUUUAGCAUCACCUUCGAAUUUAUAG